AACUCAAAAACCAAUACCAAACCCCACAAAGACACUCACACUACACAAUACUAAACAUAAACAUAAACAUAAACAUAAACAUAGUAUCUAAAUUUUUGUUUGUGUCUUAAUCUGGUCAUACUUAUUCCCUCUUACUUUCUCUUUGUUCCUUUACUCUCUUUGGGGCCACUCAAGGGGACAAUAGAGUGCAAAGGGUAUUUGGCCCUGCUUUAUCUGAGAAAGCAAGAGUGCAAGAGAAGAAAAGGGUUUGAUGUGUGUGUGUGUGUGAGUUGGGAAGAAAAUGGCGGAGGAGGAGCUAGAAAGAAGAAGCAACUUCCUUAAAGGGUUGAUACAGAAGAAGAAAGCCAUAGAACAACAAGAGCAGCAUGAUCAUCUACAACACAAUAACGUUCGUGUCAGAGCUUCUGACAUGCCUCUCCCUCUUCAGAAUGCUGCCUUUCGUUGUGCACGUCAUCUUCUCGAUUCAAUGCCACCGAAGAAGCUUGAUAGCAAACGCCUAGCCCUCGCACUUAAGAAGGAAUUUGAUUCUUCGUAUGGUCCAGCAUGGCACUGCAUUGUGGGCACUAGUUUUGGGUCCUAUGUUACUCACUCUGUUGGUGGUUUCUUGUAUUUUUCGAUCGACAAAGUUUAUAUCCUUCUCUUCAAGACCGCAGUUGAACCAUUAGACCAUUCAUAACUUCGACAUGCAAAACUCCUUGCAAACUUCAAAUAAUUUAGUAUUCUAAACCAACUGAUUGAAAUUGCAAAUUGUAAAAUUUAAAGACAUUUAUAUUCUAUUUAUAUUCUGUGAAGUAUUUGAUGCACUUCAGUUUGGAAUGAGAGAGCAUUCCAGUGUCGAAUUUGUUGUGAAAAGUGAAAGGAUACUCUUCUUCAGCUCAGAAAUAGACAACUUUACACAA